UUUUCUUUUACACCUUUUUCACACAAAAUGUAUGAGCCAUUGGUCUGCUGAAUCCUUUAAUAUGCUACUCGAGCUUCUCAUAGACGCAUUUCCCCAAAUACUUGAGUUCCCCUCAUCUUAUUAUCAAAGUAAGAGAAUAAUAAAAGACCUUGGCCUUGGAUAUGAGAAGAUUGAUGCUUGUCCAAAUAACUGUAUGUUGUAUUGGGGUGAUUAUUCAAAGAAAUACAAGUUUCAUGUUUGUGGUACAUCAAGAUGGAAGAAAAAUAAGGGUAGAAAUGAUAAUGUCAGAGAUCAAGAUAAGACUGUUUCUACGAGUGGUGAGCCAGCUAAGGUAAUGCGUUACUUUCCUCUUAUCCCUAGACUGAAGAGAAUUUACAUGUCCUCAAAAACAGCAGAAGAUAUGAGAUGGCAUUAUACUCAUAAUGAUAAAUUGAAUGAUGUUGAUAAGAAGAUGUUAAGGCACCCUUCAGAUGCAUUAGCUUGGAAAUCAUUUGAUCAACGUUAUGAGGAUUUUGCCUCGGAUCCUCGUAGUGUUUGAUUAGGACUUGCAAGUGAUGGGUUUAAUCCAUAUCGUUUGAUGAACACGACUUAUAGUACAUGGCCUGUGGUGUUGAUUCCCUAUAAUCUUCCACCGUGGUUAUGUAUGAAACCAUCUUCAUUCAUGUUGUCUAUUAUCAUUCCCGGUAAAACAAGUCCCGGAAUUGACAUCGAUGUGUAUUUGCAGCCACUAGUUCAUAAAUUGAAAUUGUUAUGGAGUGGGGUUGAUGCUUUUGAUGCUUAUGAUGGAGAGAAAUUUAAAUUGCGAGCCGCUUUGAUUUGGACUAUUAAUGACUUUCCUGGUUAUGCAAUGCUCUCCGGUCUGAGCACCAAAGGCUAUAUGGCAUGCCCUAUAUGCAUUGAUUCAACUCCUUUUGAAAAUUUUGGGAGUAAGACUUGUUAUUGUGGGUAUCGAAAAUGGCUUCCAUCAUGUCAUCCAUAUCGAUUUGAGAGUGACAGUUUUUAACGGAAGAGAAGAGCAUGGUGAAGCUCCACCUCGGCCUAGUGGGACUGACAUAUUGGGGCUACAAGAAAAGGUUGGGUAUGUUUAUGGGAAGACAUCAAAAAGAAAGAGAGGUAACGAGGGUAACAAUGAAGAAGAUGUUGUCAUUGGUACCAAGAGAGGCAUAUUUUAUAAUUUAGAGUAUUGGGAGCAUAAUUUGUUGAGGCAUAAUCUAGAUGUAAUGCACAUAGAAAAAAAAUGUGUGUCACAAUAUUUUAAAUACUCUCUUAAAUACCGAUAAAAGCAGAGAUAAGAAGGAUGAUCGAGAUGCCCUUCAAGGAUGGGGCAUAAAGCCACAUCUUUGGGUUCAAGAUAAUCAUAUGCCUUCAACUUCUUAUUCUAUGUCUGUAGAGGAGAAAGAGAGGUUCUUAAAAGUUUUACAAAAACUCAGAGUCCCUGAUGGCUAUGGAUCUAACCUUUCUAGAUGCGUGAACAUGAAGCAAAGAAGGUUGAUUAACCUUAAGAGCCAUGACAACCAUGUUUUGAUGCAAGAUAUCCUUCCCGUCGCAUUAAGAGCUUCUAAUGCAACAAAAGUAAUUGAUUUGCUUGCAAAAUUGUCUUACUUUUUCAAGCAAUUAUGCUCCACUGCUAUUGAUCCUGAUGAUCUAGAUGCUCUUCAAGAAGGAAUUGUAUUAACCCUUUGUGAGUUGGAAAUGGAGUUUUUGCCUUCAUUUUUCACAAUCAUGGUUCAUUUGCUAAUUCACUUAGUGGAGGAGGUUAAACUCGGUGGGCCAGUACAGUACAGAUGGAUGUAUCCCAUUGAGAGGUACUUGGCCCAUCUAAAGUCACAUGUAGCUAAUAAAGCCCAACCUGAAGGGUCAAUUGUAGAAGGCUACCUUUUAGAGGAGACCAUUAGGUUUUGUUCAAGAUAUCUUGAAGGUGUUAAGACCGUCUUUAACAAACCUAAACGAAUUGAUGAUGAUAGUCCCAAUUCUGGAAAAUGCUUGUGUAAUUCUGGCGGUUGAGUAAUUGGGAAAGAAGUCAAUUUCCGUCUAGAUGACAAAAGCCUAAAACAAGCUCAUCGCUAUGUUUUACUGCAUCAUUCUGAUGAAAUUCAAGAUCUUCUCGAAGAAUUUUUAAAUCUAAAGCGACAAAUGAAUACACAUAACCCAAUCACUGAAAGUGAUGAAAGUGAUUGGAUCAUCAACGAGUUUGGAGAGUGGUUGCGAAGUCAGGUACACUCAAUAGAUGAAUCCACCGAAGAUGGGAAACUUAGAAAAAUUCUGGCAGGGGGAUUGAAUUGUUAUGGUAGAAAAAUGAAGGGCUUUAUGAUCAAUGGGUAUAAAUUUCAGUUCAUGGACCGUGAUAGCCGUUUGACUACCCAAAAUUCUGGAAUCAUGGUUGAAGCAGAUGGAGAAGCAUAUUAUGGGAAAGUGAAGGAUAUAUAUGAAUUGGACUAUUAUGGGACUUACAAAGCUAUAUUGUUUCAUUGUGUUUGGGUAGACAUACAUAGGGGUGUUAAAUCAGAUCAAAAUGGCUCUAUAUGUGUUAAUUUCUCUAAGUUGAUGCAUUCAGGAAGAAAUUUGCAAGAUGAUCCUUUUAUUUUCUCAUCUCAAGCAAAACAGGUUUUCUACAUUGAAGAUGAGAUACGAAAAGGUGUAGAACUUCCUGUCAAAAAGAGAGAGAACGAAGAGGUUUAAUUAGGUGCCUCAUAAUGAGUUACAGAAGUAAAAGAACUGCUUUACCCCCUGGCGAGGCUCAAUUUUCUUCAAAUAAGCAACCCACUUCGACAUCCUUACAGUCUAAGUCCAGCCAUAUUGCAGUGUCACAAUCCAACUUUUCAGAGUCUUCUAACCAAUCCACCCAAUGGGGACCAUUUAGCCCUCCAACACUUGGAAGAUCACAAACGUUUGGGCACAUAUUGCAACCAAACAAAUCUUCUAUUAAUGCAUCAAAACCCACAUCUACAUCAUCUUCAUCUGUAGCUGCUGCAUCAAAAGCAGGUAUGCCAACUAUAAUGCCAUCAAACUCCCAACAAAAGAUGUCAUCAAAACCUCCUUUAACCCCAUCACAACCUAGAUCGUAUCCUAUGUUACAAUCUGUAACACCACAAACAUCACAACUCCCUCAUAAAGAAACACUACAGCCUCACAAAGGAACAAUUCAACCUACUAAACCAUGAAAGCAUCACAAGGCUACAGAGCAUCCGACUAUUCCACCUUUUACUAAAGCUAAAACUGGUGCACUUCCGUCACAAGAAACAACAUAAGUCCCUCAUAAAGAAACAACUCAGCCGACUAAAGCAUCAAAGCAACCUCAAAAAGCUACCGAACAUCCGAGUAAACAACCUUUUCCUGGAGCUAAAACAGGUGCACUGUCGGUGGGAGCUUCACAAUAACCUAUUGUCUCUUCUUUGACUGGAGCUAAAUCCCAAUUAGAAAGAAGAGCUGUUUCACCCCUAGAAGCUAUGCACCAAACUCAAAAGAAGCAUCCUAUGACGUCUUCUAAUUUUGGAGGUGAACCCUUGACACAACCUCAAAUGAAUACAACUUGUUCACCGGGACUCCAAAAGGAGAAGUCUCCUGCAUAUAUUCAUGCUGAAAGCAACAAGAGGUUAAAUUUUGACUCUGACGAACCUGAAUCUCAAUCAGAGAGUGAAGAAGAGUUGCAUGAGUCAGGUGGAGUGGACAGUGGUGUGAAAAGAACAAAAUUUAGACGCCGAAGUAUUGUGAAAAAUUGGCCAGAGCAUGUCAAGUUUGAUGAGGAAGAAGAGGUUGUGGCAUUUGAUAUCGAUGGAACACGACACCUUGUGAAGGGUUCUGUUCAGCCUCGAGAUGUGUGGAAUGAUGCACCAAGAUUUAGGUACUUCGCCCAAUUUAAUGAAUUCAACCAACCUCUUCACAAAGGUGGCUCCAUCCUUGUGAGUUUCUUAGGAGACAUUGCUAAACGAGAAGAAUUUUGUCCCGUGGGAAUUUGAAAUUGGCAUAAGUUGAGCUCGAAUAUGAGAGGCAAUAUUGUUAACCUUGUUCGGGCACAUUUUCUGUUACCCGAUGGAAAGGAAAUGAGGAAUGCUAUUUUGAAGCGUAUUGGCAAAGCAUGGAAAAAUCAUAGAUAUGCAUUAAAGAAGGAUUAUUUUGAUUCCGUGGAAAAAACGCGUGAGCAAAAUUAUGCUAGUAUACUUGAUGGAAUCACAACUCAAAAUUGGAGUUUUCUGGUUGAUUAUUGGCUUUCAUCGGACGCCAAGAAAAUGUCUGAACUCGGAAAAGCUUCUCGUGCGUCGCAAGUUCUCGUGCGCAAGAGUGGUGCUAAAAGCUUUGCAAAUCGCAGAGCUAUUUUGAAAAAACAAAAAGGUGAUUUCAGUGAAUUGGAGUUUUUUAAAAGUGUUUACAGCGAAGGAGAUGGAAGCUUCAAAGAGGGCACAACAUCUCGUCAGUUUGUGGAGGAUGCAAUCAAGAAGGUGCAAGAAAGCCUUGAUAAGUCCUCUUCUUGCAUUCCCAAGGUUGAUAUUGAAAAUGAAGUUUUCAAUCAACUUAUGUAUCAAGGCGAGAUCCCUAAGCGUCCUCUAAAUUAUGGCUUUGGUGUGAAGCAAAGCGACAUCUUUGGAGUGGAAGGACAUUUAAGGAAAGAAGGGUCUUACUAUGUCAACAAUAGUGAUAUGGAAGUGGAGAAGUUGAAGGUUGCACUGUUAGAUAUGAAGAAGCAAAAUGAGGAUCUUGCUAAACAAAAUCAAAUAUUGAACACAAAAUUUGAUGCAGUUGGUUCUAUGAUGGCACAGGUUUUGAAGGCAACACGUAGUGGAAAUGUUUCAUCAGAAGUUAUAGAUAAUGCAAUACAACUACUUGAUUCUCAGGUUUGGAAUAAACCAUUUCUUUUUUCAUCCGCUUCCUUUUUUUUAAAAAUUUCCUUUCAUUAUCUGUGGCAAGAUAUAAAAUUUCCUUUCAUUAAAAUUUCCUCAAGCUAAUGCAAUACAACUACUUGAUUCUCAGGGCUGAAUCUAUAUUCCGUGGAAUCGUACGGGUUUUAAAUUCUGUAUUAUUGGUUUUAAAUUCUGUAUUAUUGGUUUUAAAUUCUGUAUUAUUGGUUUAGCUUCCUUGGUGCACCUUCUUUGCAUUAUGUGGUUUUCUGUAGCAAUAUAAUCAAGAGACUCGGUUUGUCUUAAACGACAAGACAGAAAGCUACAUUAGAAUAUUUUAGCUAUAUGCUACAGAACUAUGAAGUUACCUUAGGGGAUGUAAAUUCCUUGUAGUCAGAAUGAUAUAAUGUGAGCAAUAAAACCCAAUAUUUGAGAGGCACA